UCAAUCACACAUUCCGUUUUCCUUGCAAGCACAUCGUUGACCCUCAUCUCCAUCCCUAUCCACCUGCCUCCCCCGCCCUCUACCGACUGGCAGGCUUAUGACAUACGACACGAUCUGAUCGAGACUCCGAAGCGAAUAGAGUUUGUCCGUCAACAGGAGGCCCGACUUUAUGCUCGCCUCCAGAACCAGUUGUUGCAACAACGUGACGCUAUUCUGUCCGCCAUUGGCGAAACCAUCCAUCAACUGCGCGAAGAUCUGCCUACUCACAUUGUGGCUCAGGUCCAUCUCACUUCUCCUCUGACUUCUUUUAAUUCUGAAGAACUGCCUUUGACCACCAUCAAAGUUGACGCUAGCCCAGAUGGCCUCGUCGCCUGUGAAUCAGCUUCUGUCACCACCGACACUGUCGAUCACAGACCACUUCCGCUAACUCCAGUACCCCUCAUGUUUUUUCUACAAGGCUUACUUCCGACCCCACAGCAACAGAUACAAACAUGGUCGGUGACGGAAGCAGGGCUUCAGACCUCUGGCCCUGAAGGUCGUUGGGCAACGAAAGCUCUAAACAAGGUUACACCUACAGACACACUGAGUGAUCAUUCAGGACAGGGGCAGAAUCAGACGCCGGACAAGUCACCCGACCAUGGAACUGUAUCACCAGUGCUCUAUAUAGGUUGCACAUCGUUAACCCUCAUCUCCAUCCUCAUCCACCUGCCUCCCCCGCCCUCUACCGACUGCCAGGCCUAUCACAUACGACACGACACCUAG